CUCAACUCCACUGUUCUUUAUAUAGGAAAGAAUAAAUAAGCUUUCUGCAAAUGUGUCAUCUCUAAAGCUGAAUCAUCAUCACUCCCAGUGAAGCUCCGAUUCGUCGCGGACGUUAGGGAUUGAUCAGAAGUUUCCUUACGAAAACUCUAGAGGGGAAGAUCAAAAGGAUCAAGAAAAAUCGAGUCUUGGUUCUAGUCGAAUUGAAAUCAACCCUCGAAAUGUUGCUUCUUUGUGUUUUGAUUCUCCGAAACUAGUCUUUCAAGAAUUGAGGAUCAAAAAGCUUAGUGAUGGAGUACGAGUCGUUUGAUAGCAGUGGAACUGAUGAUGAUCUGCGUCCAUCGCAUAGGGUGGAGGUUCCACGAGGAGGUUUUGUUUAUAGCAAUGCAAGACCUUCGAGUCUUCCUCCAUCUUACAUGUAUGACCAAGUUUCUGCUGAUAUGGAAGCCCAGAUUCACCAUACUGAGAAGGAAGCAUACUUCUCUCUUCUAAGAGCCUUUAGAGCACAAGCUGAUGCAAUCACUUGGGAGAAAGAUAGUCUAAUAGCUGAUAUGCGUAAAGAGUUGAGAGUAUCGCAUGAGGAGCAUAGAGAGCUUCUUGCUCGUGUAAACGCAGAUGAUACAAUACGAAGGAUAAGGGAAUGGAGACAAUCUGGAGGUAUGUGCAAUGCUGCUCAAGUGGUUCACGAUACUUUGCCAAGCCCUUCCAUGUCAGCUUCCGUUAAGAAGCACAAACCAAACCAGCCAGUUCCUUCUCAACCAUUCGCUAGUUCUUCGCCUUCUUUUCACCCUCAGGCUGAUCCCACUCACCCGUUUGCUUCAUGGAAAGCUAAACGAGGAUCUUUUCCCAGUGUUAAGGAGAAAAAGCAAAGACCAGUUUUACCUGGUUCGUCUUCCGUGAAACCCAUCCUUUACCAUCCGCUGGACCAACCUCCACGAGGACAAGUCAUGAACAGAUUACCAUCUGUUCCUACCAGUUCAAGUGAACCAGCAAAAGGAACCGGACCUGAGUCUUUUGUAGGAAGAAGAGUUAGAACAAGGUGGCCAGAAGACAAUACCUUUUACGAGGCUGCCAUCGCCAAGUAUGAUCCAGUUGAGGGUCGCCAUGCUUUGGUUUAUGACAUUGGAACACUUAAUGAGGCAUGGGAAUGGGUUAAACUCGCAGAGAUAUCUCCUAGGGAUAUUGAGUGGGUAGCAGAGGAUCCUGGGGUUGGUGAUCGACAUGGUUACAACGGACAAGGCCAUGCUCUGAACAGAACUACAGGACCCAACAGUGUUCCACAACGAGGAAGCAGUUUGGCUAAGACCACUAUCAAAAACGAGCCCAGAACUUCACAGAAUGGUACUACUGGGAAAAGGAAACAUGUGGAUAUACGACUCCGUCCGACCAAUGUCCUAAUCAGAGAGGUGGAGAGAGUUCUUGGUUCACACAAUCCGGAUCCUCAAGAACUUGAAAGAGCUAAGAGAGUUUUGGAGGAGCAAGAACAUGCGCUUGUGGGUGCAAUAACAAAGCUUGGAGAUAUAUCCAGUGGAGAAAACGUUUUGCCAAGACACAGUGCAAUGCAGAUCAUAAGGAGCUGAUGAAGAAGAAGAAAACAUUGGUUGCGAUGGAAAGUCAAGAGGCUCAACUUCUCUUUGAUGUUGCCUUCUCUUUGGUAUCUGACUGUAAUUUUUGCUGACAUUAGAGAUUAGCUUUACCCAAAUGUUGGAUAAUAUGUUCAAUGGAACGGGUAUCAGUAUCUUGUCAGCCACAGCAUGUGUAAGAAGUCUAAUGGUGGAAAUCAAUCUUCAAAAUAUA